GCCUGCACUUACUGCCCAUCGGUGUCUUGCAAGACGUCAUCGCCCCGUUGCUCUGGGAAUGGCUGGAAGAUUCGAGCUUGCACCGUUUUUGCGGUCUGGAACCCUCGGCCAGCUGGGAUGAUGCGCUUGUGUCUUUCACAGCAAAAGCACGUGCGUGGGCACGCGCGCGAAAGCUGGACCUCUGCAUCAAACCUCUCACGAUGAAAAAACUCAACUUGACGUUUGCUUUGGACCGUUGGCCAGAGUUGGAGGGCCGGGUCAAGGCAGGGAGACGCAAGGUGUUGAUGCACUUCGUUGCCCAUGCUGCCGUGGCAAUCGAGCAGGAACUGCCUGACAAUGCGACGGGGCACGCCGUCUUUAUGGCUCGACAACGAACAACUAUGGCCUGGUCCGUGAGCACCCUCCUGCAGCUGUGGGCAGCCGGCAGCAAGCCCUAUCUGUCAGACAAUGAAGUGCGGGAAUCGACAUUCUUGGGCGAUCUCUUCUUGGCGACCUUUCAACGACUGGCUGCAUACAAUGUCCACGCGAACAAACUGCUCUAUCAUUUUAAGCCCAAGAUUCACAUGCUGGGACACUUGUUCGAGUUUGCUGCCCAAACCAAGGAGAACCCGGAGUCUUUUUCGAAUUGGGUGGACGAGGACAACAUGAAGUGGCUGGCAAAAAUAGCCGCAUCACUGAAGCCGAAAACGGCCGGACAACAACU